AUGGAUGAUACUCUCUACCCGUUGAGCUCAGGUCUCAACUUGGCAUGCCGCAAGAACAUUGAAGAGUUCAUGCUGCAACACUUGCAUAUUGAAGAAAGUGAAGUUCCCAGGAUGUGCCUUCAGUUAUACAAGGAGUGUGGGACAACUAUGGCCGGUCUUAAGGCACUUGGUUACGGAUUCGACAACGACGAGUUUCAUGCCUAUGUCCAUGGAAGAUUACCCUAUGAUGCCCUGAAGCCUGACCCCGUGCUAAGGAAUCUCCUAUUGUCCAUGCCACAGUGCAAAAUAAUCUUCACCAACGCUGACAAAGGCCAUGCAACCCGAGUUCUCAACCGGUUGGGAGUGGAAGACUGUUUCGAAGGCAUCAUAUGCUUCGAAACUCUUAACCCACCUAACGAGCCUCUUGAUUGCCUUGAGGCUCACCCUGCUGGUGCUAAUUCUACAACCAACUCCAAAAUCCUUUGCAAACCCUCUUUGGAGGCAAUCAAGGCCGCCAUUCAGAUUGCCAAUAUUGACCCCGACACAACAAUCUUCUUUGAUGACAGCGCUCGAAACAUUGCCAGCGGAAAGGCAGCAGGACUUCACACAGUUAUUGUUGGAAGCUCAGAACUGGUGGCUGGGGCAGAUCACGCCUUAAGCAGCAUCCACAAUAUCAAAGAAGCACUUCCUGAAAUAUGGGAAAGUGAAGGUGAAGAAGCUGAACAGGGCAAACAACAAGUCAUUCAGUCCACUGCUAUCGAAGCCGUGGUCCUUGCAUAGGCAACUCCUGAUUACACACGUGUCUCCAAAUAUGCAAACUCAAUAUGUUUAUUGUGAUAAAUACAAAAGUUGCAAGCCAUAUU